UGUAUGUGACACCCGUCAGGUCGCUAGUCACGGACUCGGUGAUGGAGAGUGAUCAGGCGUGUCGGGAGAAGCUUCUCUCCCAUCUUCUUAUGUCCUUUUAAGGGUUAUAGACAAUGGAGAACACGAGUGGGAGGAUGGUGGAGGAAAAAAACAGAUGCGAUGGGGGAAGUUUACGUGUGUGUGUGUGUGUGUGUGUGUGUGUGCAGGGUCUGACGCCUCCUUGAGCAUGUUAUAAUACAGAUCAGCUGAGAUAUAUAAAAGCGACAGCUUUAGUUUCGUGGAUCGGCCUAAAGAGAAAAGUGCGGUCUCUAAAGCACCUGUAUCUGAAGUGUGAGCAUCCUAACAUAAAGGGUAAGUUUUUGGGUUUUUUUUAAUUAUUCGAAAUGUAGAAGUGAAUUAUUCAUUAGUAGUUUUAACAUUCUUUCUGGUAUAAUGCAAUUUCGUGAGAAUAGGCAGGCUACAGACUGACACCCUGUUUGGGAAAAUAGAGUUGUAAUUGGUUUAGCGAGGUUUUGAACACUGAUUAAUAACAGCCUAUGCAUGUUUACUGAGGUUCAGUUGUUCCCUGUUGCUCAUUUAGUUUGUGAAUUCACUCUAACAAACCAACACACAGUGUAUGUAUUCUACAGGGUUAAUGACAGACUCGCUUAACCUUACUGUUAUGUAAUGAACUUGUAGUUUAAAGCCAACAAAAUAAAGUAUAAAAGAUCGAAAGCGUUUUCUUGAAUGUUGUGUACAGUACUCCUCCGGUAUGGUGUCCUCGGGUGGUCCCAUGUCUCGGUCCACGCGCACUCAGCAGCACCAGCAGCGCUCUUUCCGCCUGCGCUGGUUCUCGGUGUUGAUCGCGACGCUCCUCAUCCUGUCCACAAGCACCACCUGUGCGCAAUGCACCACGGUCGAGCAAGACCUGCACAUCGUUCACAACGUCGACAACAGAAGCCCUGAGAUCGACCCGUUCUGGUAUGUGGGUCGCGGCGUGAGACCCAUCGGUCGCUUCGGGAAGCGCGAGAGUGACGCACCGUUACAGCACGCGCUCCUCCUACUGCUGCUCAGCGCGCUCAGAAACACGGAGAGCGCGCGCAGCGACGCUUCCUCCCCAAACACGGACUAUUACCCAGAAGUGCACAAAUCGUAUAUUUGAACCGAUAGAGAAACAUGUUAGUUAUUAUUACUAGAAGGAAGACCAGCAACUAAUUCCACUUGAGUUAAGGUAGCUUAUUGAAGUACUAGUACUACACUGUACUUUAUCAUCAAAAGGUAAAGGAAAAAUGACAUGCAUCACCACUGGUAUACAGUACAUCAAACGAAUGAAUUUACAGGAGGCAUACAUAUACAAUAAGUAUACGUGAAUUUUCUGUCCAAAGACUACAUACCAGUAUAUGAAAAGUACAUUAAAUACAUGUAAGUAUUUUAAAGGUCUUAUAAAAGUGUAAUAAAAGUUCAGUACUACUACAAAAUGUGGAUAAGUACAGAGAGGGACCUGUGCUUAAUGUCUCUCUAUUAGUGAUUAGGAUUUAUACUUUUUCUGGCUCCUAACAACAGAUUUUAUUUAUUUAUUUAUUUUUAAAUGUCUAAUACCAUAAUUUUUUUUUCAUUGUAUCUCUCAGUUGCUGUGUUUUCACUUCCAGUUUUAUUUAUUGCUUGAAUGUAUGUGCAUAUGCAUAAAUGCGAUCUAUAUUCCUAAUUAAAUGAGUAAACACAUGCAAGCUUGACCUCCUCAUUUGGUGUUGAAUAUGAAAAGCUUACAUUUUAAAGCAAAGCACCAUUCAAUGUCAGUG